ACCGGUCGACACGGCAGCCUCCAUCCCCGCAGAGCAGCGCGGAUGAAACACCGGUCACCUUCAGAGCAGCAUCACGGGAAAAGGCCCCGUGUUCCCGCCGCGGCCGCCUCCACCUCACCGCAAGACGGAAUGGAGGACAAAACACCGUCAAAUCCGCGGGAACUCACCCAAAACCCACUCAAGAAGAUCUGGAUGCCGUGUAAAAAUGGCCUUCCUGAAAAACACAUUUCUCAAAGAAAGGUAUGUAUGACCAACUGUCCCACCCUGAUUGUGACAGUGGGCCUUCCUGCCAGAGGGAAGACCUAUAUCUCCAAGAAGCUGACCCGCUACCUUAACUGGAUCGGAGUGCCCACCAGAGAGUUCAAUGUUGGGCAGUACAGGAGAGAGUGUGUGAAGAUCUACAAGUCCUUUGAAUUCUUCCGUCCAGACAACGAGGAGGGGUUAAAGAUCAGACGACAAUGUGCUUCAGCAGCGUUGAACGAUGUGCGACAGUAUCUCACAGAAGAAGGAGGCCAAGUUGCGGUUUUUGAUGCAACAAACACCACGAGAGAAAGGAGGGAAACUAUCAUCCAGUUUGCAGAGCAGAAUGGCUUUAAGGUGUUCUUCGUUGAGUCUGUGUGUGAAGACCCAGAUGUCAUACAGGAGAACAUAGUGCAAGUGAAGCUGGGCAGCCCCGACUACACCAACUGCAAUACAGAAGAAGCAGUGGAAGAUUUCAUGAAGAGGAUAAAGUGCUAUGAAAACUCCUACGAGACACUGGAUGAAGUGCUGGACAGGGAUCUCUCCUAUAUCAAAAUCAUGGACGUUGGUCAGCGGUACUUGGUCAAUAGAGUGUUGGACCACAUCCAGAGCCGGAUCGUCUACUACCUCAUGAACAUUCACAUCACGCCACGCUCCAUCUACCUGUGCCGCCACGGUGAGAGUGAGCUCAAUGUCAAGGGUCGAAUCGGAGGAGACUCGGGACUCACACCCAGAGGCAAAGAGUUUGCAAAGAAGCUGAGCCAGUUCAUCCAGUCACAGGGCAUCAGUGACCUGAAGGUGUGGACCAGUCAGAUGAAGAGAACCAUCCAGACAGCUGAAGCUCUCAGUGUGCCCUACGAACAGUGGAAGGUCCUCAACGAGAUUGAUGCAGGCGUUUGUGAGGAGAUGAUGUAUGAGGAGAUCCAGGACCACUAUCCCUUGGAGUUUGCUCUGAGGGACCAGGACAAAUACCGCUAUCGGUACCCAAAAGGAGAGUCCUAUGAGGACCUGGUGCAGCGGUUGGAGCCUGUCAUCAUGGAGCUGGAGCGGCAAGAGAACGUGCUGGUCAUCUGUCACCAGGCUGUCAUGCGCUGCCUGUUGGCUUAUUUCCUGGACAAGACAGCAGAAGAGCUGCCAUACCUGAAGUGCCCGUUGCAUACUGUGCUGAAGCUAACGCCGGUGGCCUAUGGCUGUAAGGUGGAGUCCAUCAGCUUAAAUGUGGACGCAGUCAACACGCACCGAGAAAGACCAGAGAACGUAGAAGUGUCGCGGAUGUCAGAGGAGGCUUUGCUAACAGUGCCAGCUCACCAAUGAGGCAGUACCCCUCACCCCCCACCCCACCCUCCUUUACCCUUCCUUACGCACACACUACCAUUCAGAUGCACAAUGUACCUGCAAAACUCAACAGCCUCUUGCCUCUCUUCUCCACCUUCUUCGAUUGAAUUACUCUCCACUCUUCACCGAUCUUAUCAUCUGUAUUUCCUCCACUUGUAUUCUACGACAUGAUGAUGGUGGUAGUUGACUGGAAUCCAGUUUCUGAUUUUGGUUAUUAAUCCUAUGACAUGGAUCCUGUGUCGUGCACGUUCUCCAAUUUUUUGGAGAAUGAAUGAAUGAAAGGCCGAUGAAAGUUUUUUCUUUUUGAACUGACGCUGUGAUCUCAACUGUGAAGUAAUGAAACCUCAGCACCUUUUUUGUUGAAGCAUUGAUUACAUGUAGUUUUUUUCCUCAUUGAUCUUAAUCUGUUGAACUGAUUUAACAGUUUUAAUAUUUUCCAGUGUCUCAUCACUUUACAUUUCUGUUGGUAGAAGUCAAGACACUCUAAUCUUAGUUUUACAGCAUUGCACAACACAAAACAAGGUUGUGCUUUUUUAUAUUUUGCACAUGGAAAUCAACUCUGUCUAUCUCCUUAUUAAAGGUAUACUAUGCAGCAUUUCCCUAAAAACAUGUAUACUCAUACAAAAGAAUUCCCUACUAGAAGUGUGUGGCGGUGUCUAUAUCUGCCCGUUUUUAUUAUAUUCUUAUUUUGCUGUGUUUCUGCAACCUUUGGGCAACCGUAAUGUAACCCCCAGCCAGUAACAGCGCGCAGGUGAGGUUGGGACUUCAUGAAAAGGUAGCGACCAGGUGUCAGACCGUAAGCAGCGUGUGUCAAUGAGGAAUCUACAAAAAUGACGGAAACAGUGUCGAAAAACAGUAAUAAUAAUAGUAACACUGCUGCAUAGCAUACCUUUUUAAUGUCCUCUAUUAUAGUUAGUCUCUACUUUUGGAAUGUCUAACACUGUCUAAUGAAGAUCCUGGAAGUAUAGACAUAGUUUGUUUUAUUGUUUUUGUUCAAUGAGUAUAUUAUAUUCAUAUCACUGGUCAGAAUUCAGAAGAUAUUCCUGUUUAAUGUUUCCAAAUAAACUCCACUCAAUUAUUUCA